GACCUCUACUACGAGGACAAACGGAAAGCCCGGCACGACAGCCUCGCGGAUCUGACGCCUGAAGACAUUGAGCGAGCAAUGCGGGUGCAGCGUGUUGUGCCUGUCGGCGAUGAGGGCAAGUACGUCGAUGUAGACGUGCUGGAAGGACGUGCCACAUCAAGCGAAGCCCCUCGUAAAGAUGAGGCCGCAAAACCUUUGGCGCCAUCGUUCUCCAGCGCGGUCCAGAUCGAUCCUGCGAAGCCCGAGGAGUUCAUCUACGGCGGCUCCAUUCUCUAUGGCUCUGGUGAACGCGAAAGCAAGCGCGCUCGCAAGAGUCAGCGCCUCGUCGACAUCGAGCGGAAUGAACUUGUUCUGGAAGUCGUGAAUCGCGUCAAAGAGGUCGACUUCGGCGUUGGGACCUUCCUCGAGCUCAUGUGCCACGACAACAAGGGUCGUCUUUCUUUCCGUGGCCCCAUUGAUCAGGCGGCUGAUACCAUCAGUCAGCCUGCCUUUUCUGUUUACGUCAGGUGUGUUCACGGGCAUCACGAGAACCUGGCCCGGACUUUCGGUGACGAGGACAUCGCAGUGGGGUGGCUCAGUGCUUCGACAGAGGCCGAGUUGAUCGAGAGAGACGAAGCCGUCCGAGAGGACAGGCCGAUCAUCCCACUCGACAAGGCGCCAUGUCGGUUGUACCACAGGACCACCAGAGACGCUGCGUUCUCAAUACUGAGCGAUAGCCUGAUUCCCGGCUACGGACGGUCAGGAAAGGCACACGCCUACUUUAGCGGGACUCCACUUGAGGACGCUAAAGUUAAGUCCGGGGUACGUGCAAGCCUUCCGAUUGAGAUUACCUUCGACACCAAAGAAGUCUUGGACGCAGGGUGCGAAGUCUUUCUCACCGAAUCGGAAGGAUACCUCACAGCAAGCCCGGUUCCAGGCCACUGCGUCCUCUUUAUUAACGACGAUGCGAAGGACCUCACUUUGUGGGCAAGGUCCGGUGGUGUGGUUGAUGAAGGGACAGGAGCAGGCGAUGAAAACCCGGCGAGAGCCGAGGCCGAGGUUCCCAUCGUUAUCGAGGACGAGCCUGCAUCAUCGUCUAAUCGCGGAGUCAAAAGCCAUUUGCACUUCACGAUUCAGCCUGAACAUCAUGCGCCUCCUGUUCCCAAUGAACCUCAAGAAGCCGAACGACCGCAACAAAGUGACGUUCCACCAUUGGACAUUCUCAUCGUCGAGCCUGAGGCCGUGAGUGACGAAGGGCCACCACCCGAGGACACCACCAGGGGGGAUGAAACGAUGCCCUCUGUAACGGAGAGGCCGACUCCUCCUGAUGGUACCUUGAUCAAGCCCACCAACGUUACUACGACCACCGCCUACAUCAACAACCAAAAGGCAACGCUUGUGGUUCAGGAU